AUGGCUGGCGGCCUUGAUGCCAUGACCCCGACCAAGAGUGCCGAAGCCCACGCCGAGCAUGAUGUGGACGUCAAGCCCUCCAUGCUCGCCGCCGAGGCCAAGCACGGUGCUCAGGCCGAGCACCAGAUGAGCCUCUGGCAGGCUGUCCAGACGUACCCCAAGGCCAUUGGCUGGUCCGUCCUGCUCUCGUCUACGCUCAUCAUGGAGGGCUACGACCUCGCCCUGCUGGGCAACCUGUACGCUUCGCAGCCUUUCAACAGGAAGUUCGGCACCCUCAACCCGGCCACCGGCAAAUACGCCGUGUCCGCCGCCUGGCAGUCCGGCCUCUCCAACGGAGCUCGCGCCGGCGAGAUCAUCGGCCUCAUCAUUGCUGGUUGGACCGCCGAUCGCUACGGCUACAAGAAGACUACUGUUGGCUUCCUGGUUGCCAUGAUUGCCUUUGUCUUUGUCUUGUUCUUUGCGCCCAAUGUCAAGGUCUUGGUUGUGGGAGAGGUUCUCUGCGGCAUCCCCUGGGGCGCUUUCCAAAGCGUCACUCCGGCAUACGCGUCCGAGGUUGCUCCCGUGGUGUUGCGACCGUAUCUAACGACGUUUAUCAACAUGUGCUGGGUCAUUGGCCAAUUCUUUGCUGCUGCUGUCAACAAGGGCUCCAUCGGCCGCGAUGACCAGUGGUCGUAUCGCAUCCCCUUUGGCGUACAGUGGGUGUGGCCGGUGCCGAUCCUCGCAGGCGUCAUCUUUGCUCCAGAGUCGCCGUGGUGGCAUAUGCGCAAGAACAACCGCGCUGCGGCCAAGGCAUCGCUUCUCCGCCUGACGUCGCGGAACCAGCCAGAUUUCAACCCCGACGAGACACUCGCCAUGAUUGAGCACACCAAUGAAAUGGAGAAGCAGAUCAAGGAGGGCGUGUCGUACCGGGACUGCUUCCAGGGCGUCGACAUUCGCAGGACGGAAAUCGUCGUCGGCAUCUGGCUGGUGCAGACCCUCGGUGGCCAGAACAUCAUGGGCUACUUCUCCUACUUCCUGACGCAGGCGGGUAUGGACCCCAAGAACUCCUUCUCGCUCUCCAUGGCCCAAUACGCGCUCGGCAUGGUCGGCACGGCCGGUUCCUGGCUGCUCAUGUCCAAGGUCGGCCGUCGCAAGAUCCACUUUGGCGGUCUCUGCUGCCAGUUCCUGCUCCUCAUCAUUGUCGGAUCUCUGUCCUUCUCAAAGGAUAACAACUCCGUCUGGGCCAUUGCCGCGCUGCUCAUCGUCUUCACCUUUGUGUAUGACUUCACAGUCGGCCCCGUCACGUACGCCCUGGUGUCGGAGCUGUCCUCGACCCGCCUCAAGGCCAAGACCAUUGUGCUGGCGCGCGCCGCGUACAAUGCGAGCAACAUUUUCGUCAACGUCAUGACAAACUACCAGCUGUCAUCAACGGCGUGGAACUGGGGUGCCCGCGCGGCCUUUUUCUGGGCAGGCAGCUGCCUCCUGUCGGUCGUCUGGGUGUAUUUCCGCUUGCCUGAACCCAAGGGCCGCACGUACGCCGAGCUCGACGAGCUGUUCGAGAAGAAGGUUCCUGCGAGGAAGUUUGCGUCGACGCACGUCGACCCUUAUGCGCACGAGGUGGAGGAUCGAAGACUCGUAGGAGAGGACAAAUAG